AAACAUUGAAGGUGCAUGCACGUACACAUGUACCGUACAGUGGCAUACCUACAGUAGUACUAGGUACACACCUAUCACGACUUGACCAUUGAACUCGAGCUUCCAUCCAAAUCCCACCGUCGCAAAUGAUCGAUAGAUGAAGUUAUACAAAAACAAAAAUAACAAAAAAAAGCCAACAUAAAAUUGAAACUAAAAAACGACAACCCCAAUCCGCCACCGCAAAAUGUCCUACUACUUCGCCAUCAUCGGCACCCAAGACAACCCGCUCUUCGAGUAUGAGUUCGGCACCUCGAAGCAAGGAGGCGACGGCCUGCCGCGCUUCAGCGACCAAGCCCGCCACAUGAACCAGUUCAUCGUCCACAGCAGCCUCGACAUGGUCGAAGAAGCACAGUGGGGGACGGGGCAGAUGUACCUUAAAUGCGUCGACAAGUUCUUCAACAACUAUGUGACCUGUUUCGUGACCGGCGGCAACGUCAAGUUCCUGCUCCUGCACCAGCCCACCGCGCCCAUCACCACCUCGUCCACGCGAUCCUCCACCUCCAUAGGCGCCAACCCCACGAGCCCGCAGACCGAGGAGGCCGUCAAGAGCUUCAUGCUCGAGGUCUACGAGAGCUGGGUCAAGGCCAUCAUGAACCCCUUUUAUAGAGCGAAUAUGGAGGUCCGCAGUCCUAUAUUUAGGCAGAGGGUUUCUACGGCGGGGAGGAAAUAUUUAUAGAAGACGUGGCAAAAAAGCAAAAUCCAAGCAUAGUUACAGUACCUAGGGAUAGCUUUGGGGUUUGGCGUUACCGGCAUUCAUGUGCAUGCAUUACUUCAGCAAUCACGACAAAACGAAAGGAUUAGAACAAGUCAAAAGAGACAUGCAAUUUAAGUUUUAAAUGAAGCAAAGCCCAAGGCAAUGCAAAAUGUAUUCACUAUGCCGUAGCAAUUCG